ACGAAACACCGUUGUCGUUGUCGCAUCACCCAAACUCCAGACCACUAUCGCUGAAUAUUUGGAGAUGCAUACUUGACUAACACAUCAUUUGCCCCGUAUUCUUCGAAAAUGCCACAAAGACCCGAUUUCUCCGAGGCCUUGAAGCCCGAUGAACUUCGACAAGCCCUCCAAACCGCUCGACUGGAGCAAAACUAUGAGCAAAGCGUCAGCAAUGUCGAAAAUGUGGUCAAGGACGAAGAUAUCAGGAAUCUGCGCUUCCAAAUGCUGCUACUGGAGGACGAGAACGAACAACUGAACGAGCAGCUCCUAGAAGACGAGGAGAGGACCGAGGAUGUUCAACAACAAUUGGAAGAUUCCCUGGCGCGUUCUGAACAACUUGAUGCUCAAGUUGAGCGACUCUCGAACGACCUGCGCCAGAAAUGCCGUGAUGUCGAGACCAUGAGAGCCGAGAUACUGUCCCUACAAGGGGUCUCGACGGAUUCCACCAAAAUUCUGACUGAGAAGCUGGCACUCACGCGUGAGCUUUCGACGAUGAAACCCGAACUGGAGCAUUUGCGGGCACAAGCUGCCUCGAACCAGACAUUGCUUUCCGAGAAACUUGCCCUACAGCGAGAAGUCACCACUCUACAGGUCGAACUUGAAAACGAAAAGAAAGCAACCCAGCGCGUCUCCGCAAAGGCGUCCAAAACUGGUGCUAGCGACAAGGCGCAGAUCGAGCAACUCCGAGAGGAGCUUCAGGAGUCAAGGCAAGAGCACAAAGAUGCCGUGCGAGAGGCCGAGAAGCUUCGGGGGGAAUUGGAGGACCAGCGACGGAUAAAUCAAACAGCAAGUGAAAACGUCACAUCGGACACGUCACAGCUGGACGGUGUCAAGAAGGACCUUCAGAAAGAGAAGCGGGAGCGCGAAAAGGCUGAUAAGGCACUACAAAAGGGGCUGACGGAAUGGGAUGCACAGAAGGCCGUCUUGGAGGACAAGCUAAACGCGUUUCGGACCAAGCUUAAGUCCACCAAAGAAAAGCUUAAAGAGGUCGAGGGCAGCCUGGAGAAAGCGCAGAUCGCAGAGGAGGUUGUCAACAAGAAAGAGGCCAAGACAAAGGGCACCAAGCGGAAGUUGGCCCAUACUGAUCUCGAUCCCGAUGCUACCAUCGGUACUCCUGGAGAUGGCUUCCGUGCAAAGCGUGGCAAGAGAUCCACGCUUCCUGGUGACAAAUCCACCUUCUCCAUCACUCCGUUCCUGAAUCGAUCGACGAGCGUGCUGCCUGAGAGCCCUUCACCCAAUGCCACCCCCUCCGACAAUACCCAAUCGGAGCGGCCUGGAGAGUCACAAGACCAUGAAGAUCAAGAGCAGGAGAUAGAAACCCCGUCAGCGGUCGCGAAGAAGCCGGCAAAGAAACCGGCAAAGAAGCCGGCAACGAAACCGAAAGCGCUCGUCCCGGCCGGAGCAAAGGCGAACUCUAAACCCGCACCGUCGAGAACAAAAGCCCGCUUAUCAAAACUGGAAUCGGUUGCCGAGGAAGGGUCCGAGAACGAGGUCCUUCCGAAACUGGAUCAAUCCAUUCCCAAGUUGAAGCCCACCGCAGCCCCGGUACCGAAAGUCCGGAAAUCGCUCGCGUCCUUUGCCACCUUCAACGACGACCCCGCGAUGGAGAAGCGGAAAAAGCGAAAACUUCCAGGCAACGGUCUUGGCAAGACGUUGUUCGACGAAGAUGAUGGCAUCCCGUCCAAACCGAUCCCCGGGAAAGGUCUACUUUCAGGUCGGUCCUUGGCGAAGGGUGGGUUGUUUGGUGUCAAGGGAGGAAUCAAAGGUGGAUUCAUCACGUCAGAAGAUGGUUUCCAGUUCUCCCCUCUGAAGAAAGAUCGGAAGGGGGUUGCCGGAAAGUAGACUUUGUUCAUUGCAUAGUAAUGAUGGAAUACUUUGAAAGCAUGUCGGCUAGCUGAAUCAUGAUAGCAUAGGACUUUGUGGGUUGUUCGAUGAAACGUUCUAAAUCGUG